CGGAGUAGACUUAAAAGAUAUAAACAUGAGUCCACAAGACCAAUCAGAGAUCUCCUAAGGUUCGCAUUACACUUUACCGACUUUCUCGCAUAUUUUCUCUCUUCCCAAACAGAAGAAAAGAAAAUUUCUCUCUCAGGGAUUUUGGUUUCCUAAGAGUUUGGUAUAAACUGAGCUUAAAUUGUGAAACGUUUGUAGAUCUUUUGGAGGUGAAAGAUUGGUAUGCGUGUGUGAGUUGGGGUUAGGGCUUUGUUUUUCUGAGUUUUGGUUGGAUUGGGAGUGAAAAUUGUGGUUUUUCGGUGUGCUGCAGAUCUGGCUAUUUAGGGUUGCUGGCAAGUUGUUGUAAAUGCAGAGGCCGACUAGGUUUAUGGAGAGAACCAGCUCUAUGCGAGGUAAAAGGAGCUUGGAAGGGGGAGAGGAUGAGCAGCAGCCUGAGCGAAAGCGACCAGCUCUUGCUAGUGUGAUCGUUGAAGCUCUCAAAGUUGAUAGUCUGCAGAAGAUCUGUUCGUCUUUGGAACCUAUUCUUCGCAGAGUUGUCAGUGAGGAAGUUGAACGUGCAUUGGCAAAGCUAGGACCUGCAAAACUUAAUGGAAGUUUCAGGUCUUCACCAAAACAAAUUGAAGGUCCAGAUGGAAGAAACUUGCAGUUGCUCUUCAGGUCGAGGUUGUCUCUUCCCCUUUUCACUGGAGGCAAAGUAGAAGGGGAGCAGGGUGCUGCAAUUCACAUUGUUUUGGUUGAUGCAAACACUGGACAUGUUCUAACUUUUGGACCUGAAGCUUCUGUGAAGCUUGACGUUGUUGUGCUUGAAGGUGAUUUUAACAAUGACGAAGAUGAAGGCUGGACACAAGAAGAAUUUGAAAGUCAUGUGGUGAAAGAACGUGAAGGAAAGAGACCUCUUUUGACUGGAGAGCUUCAAGUGACCCUCAAGGAGGGGGUAGGAACUCUAGGGGAUAUCACGUUUACAGACAACUCAAGUUGGAUAAGAAGCAGGAAAUUCAGGCUUGGAUUGAAGGUUGCAUCGGGUUUUUGUGAGGGUGUACGCAUACGUGAAGCAAAGACAGAAGCUUUUACUGUUAAAGAUCACAGAGGGGAAUUGUACAAGAAACACUAUCCACCAGCAUUGAAUGAUGAGGUAUGGAGAUUAGAGAAGAUUGGCAAGGAUGGUUCAUUCCACAAGAGGCUGAAUAAUGCAGGAAUAGUCACAGUGGAAGAUUUUCUUCGGCUUGUGGUCCGAGACUUGCAAAAGUUACGAACAAUCCUUGGAAGUGGUAUGUCAAAUAAGAUGUGGGAUGCUCUACUAGAACAUGCAAAGACGUGUGCUCUCAGUGGGAAGCUUUAUGUUUAUUAUCCUGAAGACACAAGAAAUGUUGGAGUUGUUUUUAACAAUAUUUAUGAGCUUAGUGGCCUUAUUGCUGGGGAGCAAUAUUAUUCUGCUGAUUCUCUUUCUGACAGUCAAAAGAUUUAUGUAGAUACUCUUGUGAAGAAAGCAUAUGACAAUUGGAAUCAAGUUAUUGAGUAUGAUGGAAAGUCACUUUUGAGCUUCAAGCAAAAUAGAAGGUCGAGUGCAUCCAGAACCGAACUUCAGAUGCCCCCAGUUGACUAUAACACUUCAGAUCAUGAGCUGCAACUAGCUCACCUACCAGUUCCUCCUGAGCAGCCAUCUCUGAAUUCGAGCCUUCCAAUCAGUGGUCAUCAUGAUGAUAUGUCGACAAGAUAUUCCAGCCAGACACAGAUGGUAAAUUCAGAUUCUCGCAAUCAGUUUGACAGUACAUCAUUUAUGUCGCAUGACCAGUUGAUUAGCAAUUCUCAUGAAGCCCGAAGCACAAGAAGUGAUAAUAGUGCUGUUGGUCUGGCUCUUGGUCCUCCACAAUCAUCCACAUCUGGGUUUCAGACAAUAAGCACCUCUAAUCAGCCAUCUACUCUAACUCCUUUGGAUGACUGGUCACAUUCACAAAACAGGGACAAGGGAGUUGAUGAUUUCUUUUCAGAGGAAGAGAUUCGCUUGAGGAGUCAUGAGAUGCUUGAGAAUGAUGAUAUGCAGCACUUGCUCCGACUCUUCAGCAUGGGGAACCAUGCCUCCUUUAAUAUGCCUGAGGAUGGCUAUGCAUUCCCACCAUACAUAUCAUCACCAAUGCCAAACUUUGAUGAAGAUCGUGGCCGUCCUGGCAAAGCUGUCGUGGGUUGGCUGAAAAUCAAGGCGGCAAUGAGGUGGGGAUUCUUUAUCAGAAAGAAAGCAGCAGAGAGGAGGGCACAAAUUGUUGAGUUAGAUGAUGAAUAGAAGCCUCUUUAUCAGUGCUAUGAGUGCUGGCCGCAACUUGAGGCGUUGGAACUGCUUGAUUUCAAAAUGUCUUGACGUCCACUAAUGUUAAUGAAAAGUCUUUUAGGCAGCAUGGAAUCUCAUCUUGUACAGUUGCCUGUAGAGUAAGUUCUUUCAGUAUAUCCAUUUUACUUAAGAUUUUUCUUUGUUAUUACUUUUCUGUCCAUUUGUGAAUGAUAUAUGAUUUGGGGUUUUAAGGGGUGAAUGCUUUUAAGUCUAUGGCCCCUUGUGUUGUGUAAUAGGUCAAGAAACAUUUCUAAUAUAAUAUUGACUUCGAUUUGUUGUUUUUCCUUUUCCUUUAUUGCACGAGGAUGCUGGUAUAUCUUGCAUAUCUUGUGUUAGUUAUUUUAUAAGUUCGAAUGGACUUGGAAUAUACUAUAAUGAUCUAUGCAGUUGUUUUGCUCUCGAUAUUCCCAAGUUCCUAUUUGCCUUUAUAGCUCAGAGGCACUGAUUUGCAAGGGCCUUCCUAGUUUAGGAUGUUUCAAAACGAAUAUUUUGUAACAUGUCAUAUUGAUCACCAUUAAAUGUCUGUGUCUCAUAAGAACAUUCAGCAUUAUCUUUUCGAACAAUGAAUUUAAAUUUUUAUGUACUGCAUUUACCACUUCAUUUCUGUAUUGUGGUAGAUCUUAGCUCAAAUUUGUUUUACCAAGUUUGAGGUUUGGAAAUCAGACCCAAAUUUAUCAUGAAUCUGAAGAUCUAGUAGAUUAUUCAGAAGUUUGCAUCUAAUUGGGUUUUAUAAUGGGGCCAAAAUUUUCUAGGCUUGGGAUCGGUCUGGUUGGAAAGCUUUAGGGACCUCGGUCAAUCACCAAAACAGCCGAAGUUGCAUCUCACACUUUAUUAGCAUAAAUAUGAUAAGAAAAAGUCUAACCGGGAACAAAAGGAGAAAACAAGGUUUGCUUUGUGAGUUGAAGUUUAUGUUUUUUGCUACCUUAGUCAAUUAAAAUUUAAAUUUAAACAAAAUUAAAAAAAUUUACAAAUGUUCCUAUUGGAACAAAUGAUUAAGUGUGUUGCUCGCUGCUCGGGAUGGAAGCUAUGGUAUUUGGGUGAUUGGGUAAAGAUUAAUCAGGAUGCCAACUUGAAUAGACAGAGCAUAGACAUAAAGACGUUCCAAAAAUAUAUAUGUAUAUGUAUAUCUAAAAAGUGAAUUUUUAAAUUUUUUUUUUAUUAUUAUAUUUUUGGGUUUGCUGAAUACGUAUAGAGUGAUGAUUACCGUGUAAAAACGUUACUUAAAAAAAAAAAAAUUAAUAAAAUAAAAUAACCGACUAACUAAAGCAAAUGUGGAAUGUCGUCAUUUUUAAUGGUAAUGUCGGUGAAAUCUAGAAAAGUCUUUGCCCGUAUGUGCCUUUUCAAUUGUCUUCACAAACAUACAAAGCUUCGGUUUGAAUUGAGACUCUUGGUUUUCACAAUUUUCCUUAUUAGGUUGUAAGUGUCAUCAGCAACCUCAGAUUCAGGCACAGAAACUGGAAAAAAGAGAUAAAACUCAUCAGCAGAGGCGUAAACUUGUAGCCAAGCUAAUAGCCUAAUACUACAAAUCUUAAACUCUUUGAUGAUAGUGCUCUACUCUGGCAUUGAAGUUGUAUUUUAUCAUUCCGUGCCUACACAUACAUGGAGUAAUCUAAUUCGAGCUCUAUGACAUUUUUGAAUAAUGCAAUAUUGGCAUGCCUUUCUAUAUCAUGGUCAAACAAUUAAUUUACAUUAUUAAUCUGGUAAGAUUGUUUAAACUGGUUAUAAAUAAAUUUAGAUAACAUCUGAACCGGUUUUAGGAAUUCAAUUCAAAAUUUGUCAUGACAUUUGCUUCCUCAACCUAGUCUUUUAGAUUGUUCAUAUGGACAGCCAUCAACUAGAUCAAGCAGUAGUAGCUUAGCCUUGGCGGAUAUGGUGGUGACACAACUUUUGAUGCUUAUCCCUGAUAUUACGCAGUGAUUUUUAAUUUGGAAAUAACUCACUGAUAAAAUCGUCAUCCAAAUAUAUCUAUCAAAAGUUCAAGGACAGAGACACACAAAAAAAAAAAAAUAAAAAAAAAAAAAUGGUGAAUUAUAAUAGAUCAUGAAAAGCAGAACACAUCCAUUUGAUGAGUCUAUCACAGCUAGCAAAGUACGUGGCUGAUGUACAUAAAAUAGAGGGUUAUUAAACCUCUGGGGGCAAUUCAGAUUCAGAAACCCCUAUAUAUAGACACACUGAAUGUAGAGAUUGAAUUUGGGGGACUAGGGGCAUUUUCAUUUUCCCAUUUCCAUAUCAAGGAUUAAGAAAUGGAAUCCCUAGGACCCUCAAGGAGCUCCCACCACAAGUCCAAAUUAAACCCUAAAAACCUCUCGAGGUAUUCUAAAAUACCUCUUCAACAAGAUUUCUAUUUUUUACAUAUAAGAUAUUCAUCUGAUGGUAUGAUUUGAUACCCAAGAGACUGUCUGUGGUAUGAUUGCUGCAUGGUAGCCUUGGGCAGUCACUCUCAAAGACCGAGAUGGAGCCUAUGUCAUUUAUGGGAUAUAAUACCCAGUUACAUGUAAUUGAGUGCUAAGCCUAAGAUAAGCUGGGCUGCAACACGAACCAGUAGGUAAAUUAAUAUAUGUUUAUUUAUAUAAGUGUAAUAAGAUAUGAAAGUGAGCCUGAGAUCUCUUUCUCUUGAUUAA